GCUCACGGAAGUGGCGGUUGCCCGUCAGUUUCGGUGGGCAAAGGCAAUGGCUCUUUUUCCAGCGUUUGCGGGUGCCAGCAAGCCUGGGGAGACGCCAGCAAACGAGGGCGAGAGCUGCAAAAGAGAAUUGAGCUGGCUUAUCAACUCAAGCUUCUGCAAUGAAGAUGCAUUGAGACUUCACCAGCACUCUUUAGAGGUCAAAGAUCUUGCCUCCGAGAAAUCUCCACUCCAAAGCAGCUUGGAAUUAUCAGGACAAAGUGAAGCCAGUGAAAGUUUUCAAACACCCACUAAGAAAAGAAAGAAAAAGAAGCGACACCAUAAAAAAGUUAAAAAAAGAACUAGGAGUGAUUCAGAAUCAGACACUGAGGACAGAGAAGAAAGCGGAAACAAAGGAAGACAAGGAGUAAAACUGAAUUUAGGAGACAAAACUUCAGAUGUGGCCAGUUCCUCAGUUUGGCUUGAUGAUAUUCAGGGGCUGACAGCAGAAGUGUUCAGAACAGAUAAGAAGCCAGACCCUGAAAACUGGCAGUACAAGUCUCUGUAUCGGGGAAAUAUUGCAAGGUAUAAGAGGAGAGGUGACUUCUGCCUUGGCCUUGAUCAGAAAAGGCAGCAUAUAAUUUGGGAUAAUUCAACUGCGGAGAAAAAGCGAUCCCACAAACGACCUGAACGCUACUUCACAAAAGGUGGCCUGAAGCUCUUGCACGUGGAUGGUGUUCCAGUUGGGAAUAAAAACCAAGGUUCCCCGUCUCAUUCAUGUUCUUGGAUACCAGUUUCAUCACUGGACACAGAUGACAUUCCUGCCACAAGCUCUGUAAAUCCCCUUGGGAUUUAUGAUCCAAUGACCACUUUAUGGCUACAAGGAAAGGGUCCCCCUGAGCAUGAGACACUGAAACAAGAGAACCCACACGUGAUCUCUGAGAAUGGGAACUCUGGCCUAAUGGCAAAAGUGGAAGAAUAUAACAAGAAGAUUAGAGAGGACCCCACAGAUGUUAAAACAUGGAUGGAUUUUGUUUCUUUUCAGGAUGAACUCAUGAGAGGUCCCAGCUGUUACUCAGUCAGUGAGGGAGACCAAGAAAAAAGAAAGAAGUCGUUGAAGCUAGUUCUAGAGAAGAAGCUGGCUAUUCUGGAGAAAGCUGUUGAGAGUAACCCCAGCAAUGUUGACCUAAAACUGGCCCGACUGAAGCUUUGCACAGAGUUUUGGGAGCCAUCAGCUGUGGUCAAGGAAUGGCAGAAAUUAGUUUUCUUGCAUCCCAACAACCCAGCUCUGUGGCAGAAAUAUCUCUUGUUCUGCCAGAGUCAGUUCAGCACCUUCCUGGUUUCCAAAGUCCACAGUCUGUAUGGAAAAUGCCUAAGCACUUUGUCAGCAGUGCAGGAUGGCAGUAUGGUGUCACAUCCUGCACUGCCCGGCACCGAGGAAGCUAUGCUAGCCCUCUACCUUCAGCAGUGCCAUUUUCUUAGGCAGGCUGGCCAUUCUGAGAAAGCUGUGUCUUUGUUCCAGGCCCAGAUGGACUUUACCUUCUUUAAACCUGACAACGUGAAAGAUUUGCCAACAAGGGGGCAGGUAGAGUUCUUUGAACCAUUUUGGGACAGUGGCGAGCCUCGGAUUGGGGAGAAAGGAGCAAAGGGCUGGAAGGCCUGGAUGCAUCAACAAGAAAAGGGGGGCUGGAUUGUCAUCAACCCACCUGAUGAAGAUGAGGAAGACAUAGAGGAAGAACAAGAGAUAAAGGAUAAAUCUCUGCCCAAAUGGCAAAAUUGGCUUCACAUAGAACGUUCCCGGGAAGGAAGGCACUGGUUGCCUUGGCGGCCUGACAAAACCAAGAAGCAGACAGAAGAAGAUUGUGAAGAUCCAGAGAGACAGGUCGUGUUUGAUGAUCUCGGUUCAUCAUUAAUAAAAAUCUCCAGCCCAGAUCUUCAGUUUCAGUUGCUCUGCUCAUUUUUGCAGUUCUUGGGAGUUCCGUGUGAGUGCCAACUCCUUCCUUCCUUCCUCUACAUAGCAAUGGAUGAGAACAACAUCUUUGGCCAUGGUCAGCACGAGCAAAGCCCUCUGACUUCCUUUGACUUGCCAGUUUCUGGAAUCAGUAGUAUUGGUCACAUGGACGCGGUUUCCCAAGGAAGAAAACGUGUUGGCCACUCUAAGGAAGGGGAGGAGUUCAUACAGAAUUUCUUCCAUAGGAUGUUGCCUCUCUUUUCAGGAAAAGAAAAAUCUAAACUUUCCAUCUUUUGGCUUCAAUAUGAAAUUGCUAAGGUGGUUCAAUGGCUGAAAACUGGAAAUAAAAAGAAACUAAAAUCACAAGGCAAGAAGAGCAAAAAGCUAGCCAAAAAUCUUCUUAAGGCACAUGAGAACAGGAGCAACCUUUCCCUUUGGCAAUUAUAUGCCUAUCUGGAGUGGUUACUUGGCAAUACAGAAGAUGCUAGGAAGGUUUUUGAUACAGCUUUGAGUAUGGCAGGAACUGUGGGAAUAAAAAAUCCUCAGUGUUGCACCAUUAGCCUGUUUUAUGCUGAACUGGAGGCAGAGUUGCUAGGACGCCUAGAAGGGGCUUUGGAGUCACGUGCUACUCAUGUAUUGACCAGAUUAACAGAAAAGGGGCCCUACGUGCCAUACAGUGGGCAGAUAUUGUCGGUGAGCAUUUUGAAAGCACGGAAGACUUAUGAACAUAUGCUCCAAGAUUACUUGAAUGAAAGCUCUGCCCCUGAUCAAGAACAGACCAGCAGUUCCAAGCACCUGGUUAGUUUGGUGGGUUGUUAUACCCUUUUCCAAUAUAUAACUCUUGGGAUUGAUUCUGCAGUCUUGAUAUACAGGCAGGUUUGCGAGAAGCUUAAAGGCGAAAGACUCAGUAGCAGUCAGUCUUUGAACAAAGCUCUUGAAGCCCUUACACUGAUGCAUACGAGUUUGCUUCGUUAUCAUAUGAAAACGAGCGUGUAUCCUUUGAGACCCCUUCGAGAAGUGCUGUCGGAGGCGUUAAAGAUGUAUCCUAGCAACCAGUCCCUUUGGAGGGCUUAUAUCCAGAUCCAAAGCAAGUCUCACAAUGCAAGCCAAGCACGGCGGUUUUUUGAUGGUGUCACAAGGAGUACAAAAUCUCUGGAGCCCUGGCUGUUUGCAAUCCGAGCAGAGCUGAUGAGAAAGGAGCUGGUAGAAAGCGUCCAGAGGGUAGCCACUGGAAACGUGUAUGCAACAGUUCCUGAAACAGGGUUAACAAAUCGGAUCAAAGCUUUAUUUGAACGUGCAAUUGAGACUGAAAAUGGUGCUCAUUGUCCCUUGCUAUGGAGACUAUACAUAUACUUUAUGAUUUCUUUGGGGGAUAAGGAAAAAAGUAAAGGGCUGUUCUACAGAGCACUACAAAACUGCCCCUGGACAAAGGUACUAUAUAUGGAUGCCAUAGACUAUUUUCCAGAUAUGCUGCAAGAGAUUCUUGAUCUUAUGACUGAGAAAGAGCUGAGAGUACGGGUACCCAUCGAAGAACUGGAGUUGUUGCUGGAAGAUUAAAGAGUUUGAAAAUGUGAAGACAAGAAAUUGUCUUGAAAAGACUCUUCGGUUAUAGCUGGAGACCUUUUUGUUUUCUACAGAUUUUUAAUUGAGAAAAUACUAUUUUUCUUUAUGCACUUUGUACCUAAAAAGUACAACAUUGGGUGCAUUAUGGUGCCUAAUAUGUAAAUAAUUUUUCCAAAUGGAUAUCCUUUCUGUUCUUACGCAGUCAUCUACCCAGAUAAACUUAAGAUGCCAUAACUAGGCCAGAGAAAUGAUAACAGCUGAGCUAUUUCCACUUACUAUGUUGCAGGUAAACAUCCGCACGUGAUUCCUACUCCCAUAUUUAUUUUGCAGGUUGAACAGAACUAGACUUGGAAAUGUGCACUAAAUUUGACUGGACCUCACAAGAAGCGAAACCUUGUGACGGGGUUUUUAUUAUUCUGUCAUGACACAUGGCAGUUGUAAUGUAAAUAUUGCUUGUAAAAAUACAAAAUUUCAAUAUUUUAAUUCAUUUGAAUGUG